UUCACUCUGUGGCUGGCUGGACCGCGGGACCGUCACGCACACGGCGCGUGUCGCAUAUUAUUUUCGGAAUUCUUUAUUUAUUUUAACCGUUUCAUUUGUGUUUAUCUAUUGAUGUCUAUCACACGUGGCGUUCUUCUACAGUUAGCGCUAGAAUUACCUGUAUACAGCGAAUAAUCGUCAGUGGUUUAAUUGCUUGAUUUACGGCUUGAAGACAUGAACAUUUGAGCAGCUCGCAUUGCAUUGCAUCCUAACUCAGUUACAGUAAUAAGGAGUUUCCGUGCCGUUAUACCUUACCGAACGCAAACAUGGUUGUACUGAGGAAACUCGUGCCGCUGGCGAACAAUGGACUGAGGAGCAAAGGCAAUCCGUUCCGGCCGCUGCUCUCGUGCGCCCCCGUGGCCAUGGUGGGCUGGGACCGCGGCGCGCACUCCCAGGACAUCACCAAGAACAUCCAGUACAUCUCCAACGAGAAGAUGAAGCUCACUGCCGACCCUAACACUAUGAAACUCGACAAGCAGAUCAACCGUCCCCUCUGCGUGAUGGUCAACUGGCUCCUCGCACGCCAGAAGCACGUCAUGAAAUACGCCACUCUGUACCUGGAGCAAGGGUUUGACGUGCUCAGCGUGUCGUGCACGCCGUGGCAGCUCAUGUGGCCUGUCAAGGGGUCGCAGUUGGUAGCGGGUGACCUGCUGAAAUUCAUCACCGCGAACGACUCCCACUCGACGCUGACGGUGCACGGGUUCUCCGUCGCGGGCUACAUGUGGGGCGAGCUGUGCGUGCACGCCCUCAGGGACCCUAAAACUUACCAACCCGUCCUGGACCGCAUAUCGUGCCAAGUGUGGGACUCGGCGGCGGACAUCAGUGAGAUCACCAUCGGGGUGCCCAAGGCCGUGUUCCCCAAGAACCAUAUCAUGCAGAAGACCCUCAGGACUUAUAUGGAAUACCACAUGAAGGCCUUCCAAGACGCGGCGACGCGGCACUACAUCCGCUCGUCGCAGAUGUUCCACACGAACCCGUGCCGCGCGCCCGCGCUGUUCCUGCUGUCGCGCUCCGACCCCGUGGGCGCCGAGCGCAGCAACCGCGCCGUGCACGACAGCUGGGUGGGCAUGGGCACCAAGUGCACCUGGAAGUGCUGGGACAAGUCCCCGCACGUGCAGCACUACACCCACCACCCGAAGGAGUACUUGGCCGCUCUGUACGAGCACCUCGACAAGUACGGGCUCGUCUCGCAGCCCGAGAAGAUGCGCAUGCGGUUAUAACUCGAGGGCAAGUCAACCUUAUGUCCAGGAAAUAACGUCUAAGCUAAAAACGUGAUUCAGGAUGACGUGUUUAGCCGACGUCGAAGAUAAUUCGUCAGGUGACUACCAAAUCUUAUUUACUAACUAGCGACCCGCCCUGGCUUCGCACAGUUUACAUAAAAGCUUAACAAAUUAUAUACCUAACCUUCCUCAAGAAUCACUCUAGUGAUAGGUGAAAACCGUAUGAAAAUCCGUUCAGUAGUUUUUGAGUUUAUCGCGAACAUACAAACAGACAGACGCGGCGGCUGACUUUGUUUUAUAAGGUUAAGGUUUUUUAAGGUUGCAAAAAAAAAUUAAAAAAAAAUUAACCUUGUUUUAUUACUAGUACGAUUCACUAUAGCUUAGAGUUGUAGUAAUUAUGAAUUUUGGUUUUCACCUGACGAUUAUGUUUACACUUGUGCACCUUACUGAUUUUCAAUAAGACUACCAUUUUUGCAGAAAGUUCACAAAGGACGUUACUAUAAGCGAUGUUUUAAUAUAUAUCAUAUUUUCUGGACAUAAUGUGUAUAAGGGUGGUACUCUAUUCAAUUUCUCUGUCCAAUGUGUAUUGCAUCUCACAUUUUGCUUUAAUGAGAGAGUGACGCGCACUGACAUUGGACAGGUGGAAUACCACCCCUGAAGUACAUAUUAUUAAUUCUCUACAUUGACACAGAACUGCAGUGAAUUGUACAACGGAUGUAGACUGGCCAGCGAGUCGUGUUACAUAAAAGCCGUAAAUUAAAAAGCCUGGAAUAAAAAGUAUGAAAGUCAGCUUAUUUGAUAGGCAAAAUUGUUACUAUAGUCUGUCAAGCCGGAAGUAGAAAAAAGCGGUAAAUUUAAAAAAUGUAGGCGCGAAGGGUAAUCAAUCGUCUCAUAGAAAAUUUGAAUUUCGCGCCUUUUGCUACCGACAAACUUUUUUGACCGGCUAUAUAAUUAGAUAAUAUAGGUUUUUGGCACGACUUGCUGGCUAAAUUCUUUUGAUUUAGGAGUUUAGGCCCACCUUGUGAGCGUAAAGUCACAGUCCUAAUGAAACAAGUAAAAAAAAAAUUGCCAAUUAAAUAAAAAAAAAUAGUUGGUUAGAGAUGAGUUAAACAUUUUUUAUUGGAAUUAUUUUUGAUAUAUUUUAUUGGCAAUAUAAUAAUGAUCUCUAAAUGAAAUAAAAAAUGUAUAUUGGAAAUCGAUAUGGACUGUGACAAUAAAUAGCGUAGUUUAGUAGUAAUAAAGCCUUUUGUAUUUUGGAGAAGUGACAAUUUUAACUAGUUUCUCUUACUUUAAACGUUUUAAGGAAUAUUUCUGACGGCUCAAUUCUACAUGACCUAUUUUGGAAUUUUGUUCCUUAAACUUUUUAUUGUAAGUCGUUAAAUACGAUUUAGGGCCGAUACAGACGGACUACAAUUUGCAGUCAGUCUGUACCAGCCCUUAGGCCUAAUGCAGUAAAUGUUAUUUUUGACUACUAUGAAUGCACCUUAAGGUUUCAAACGAUUUAGUGCAAUAAGUAUAUGUUUGACUAAGUUUUCCUUAAUGUAUCCUAUUUUUAAAUCCUACGCCAUCUUGUUUCUGAUAAUAUAACCUUUCGGACACCUAAACUUGUAACAAGCUAUUCCUAAAAUAGGUAGAGUCAAGCUAAGCUAACUCUGUAGCGGUUUCGAUAGCACAGAGUGUGCAAGUGUUAUUUUAAUCGUCAAUAUUUUCUUAGAAGUUUAACGUUUAAAAUAACACGCACACUCUGUGCUAUCAAAAACGCUGCAGAGUAAACUUAGCCUGACGUCCCUACAAGGUACCAUUUACCGAAAAAAUGGUCAGUGAGUACAAUGUAAAAUGAAAAUGGCGAUCAAAAGGCUAUUAUAUUGUCAGAGUAGGUAUGAAUUUCUACGUAGGCUCGUUCGAUUUAGCGAAUUUAUUAUUAUCAAUAUCAUGGUUGAAUUAAAACUUGAAAAAGAACAUUUUUUAUAUAAAGGUGGGACUGCCGGGAAUAAAGAAAAGGUUAUAGAAAUUAAUCUUUUAACCGCCGUAGACUGACAUAUAAGACCAUAAGACCAACAUACAAAAUCGGGCUCAUUUCGCCGCGGUCUGAUAAAUAAACCUAAACUUCGUGUAACUUCGUACCGCACGAACACACUCGAUGACAAAUUCUAUGGCGGUUAAAAGGUUAAAUAGAUUAGAUAGUGCCUUAGUGUAAGACUCGAUUAUAUUUAACACUUGCACGGUGUGUUGGAUGGCACAAUACUCUUUCACUAUAAUAUUAAUAUUAAUUGCAAUGUUUUGAAUUUUUUCUACUCAUGACCAUUUGUACUCCAAAGGGUAGCACUAAAGCUCUGGUAUCCUAGGAUAGCGGUGCCGUCAUAUAGCCACCGUCUCCAUACAAAAUACUACGACAUCCAUAUUUGGCCGUAUUAUUUUGUAUGGAGAUGGCCGCUGUAUGACGGCACCGCUAUCCUAGGAAAACCGAGCAUAAAGGCUCAUUUAGGCGGCCCGAGAACUCGCAUGCGAGUUUCAUUACAAUGCGGUAUUUGAUUGGUCGGCUGAAUUGGAUGUAACCAAUAGUCGUCAAUGAAACUAAAAUCGCAUACGAGUUCGCGCGCCGUCUAAAUCGGCCCUAAUACUAGGCUAAGACUCAUAGUUUAUUUUACUCCUUUUGGAUCUUAAAAUGUAGACAAAAUCACGUGACUCCAUCGCAUCUCCUCCAGAUGGAUGUAAAGAUCGGUUUUCCUAGGAUAGCGGUGCCGUCAUAUAGCGGCCGUCUCCAUACUAAAUAAUACGGCUAAAUAUGGAUGUCGCAGUAUUUGUAUCGCUAUAUGACGGCACCGCUAUCCUAGGAAACUAGAGCAUAACUGCGUCAAAAUAUCGGGAGCUCGAAACAAUACAAAAGGUAAUCACGGUUCAUAUCCCGGUCGAUAUAAGUCUAGUGAAACUAACCGUGAAUCAUUCAAAACUGUUAUUUAAAAUUGUUUUUACCUAUGAAUGAGGUCCACAGCACUCAACAAUGUACUCCUUUUUUUGUAAACUUAUUUUUGGGUUUUUUAUACUCUAACUCAGGGCUCUCCAAACCCCGGCCCGCGGGCCAAAUCCAGCCCGCGACGCGUUCCAAUCCGACCCGCCGACACCCAAAGCGUCCGGCCCGCGGGACCCAGGCUCCAGGGGUUCAGCCCUAACGGCAGCAACCAGAUGAAAUCUGUAAAUCUCUUUUUAACAGAAAGAUUUCGAGAAACUGGCCUUUUGUUACAAAAGUUACACUUUAAGUACAAGCGUGAAUGAAAUUUGAAAAAAAAAACCGAUAUUGUCUUUACUAACAUUGGCUGGAGAAGUAUAAAUUUGUGAUAAUUAUUUUCCAAGGUUUUGGGUUUUUGACUGAUUUUGGUUUUCCUAUGGCUACGCCGAACUGUUGAAUCAUUUUGUUUAGGAGUGUUUUCUCAUUAUAAGAUUUUAUAUUUACCUUUAUAUGAUUAGUAUGUAGACCGUACUGUAUGUCCUCUUAGAAGUAUUUGAGAAAUAAAAAAACUUAAAAUUUAA